GAUCCACCCAUUGUGUUUUCUCCUUCCUCUCCACCAAUCCAGCGCCAGUUUAACAUCUUAAACUUUAAUAUAUCAUCAGCGCUUCUAGCUGCAGCAGCGCCCGGGCAGACACUACACGGUUCAGCACUGCCUUAUGGAGUAGCAGUACCUAUAGAACAUAUACUCCAUUAUACUGCACAGUAGACCCCACUAUACUUCUUUUUUUCACUGACGUGCCGAAGGUCAGGUUUCUUAUUAUCGUAUUUAUAACUACAUCAAGCGGAGGGCGGCGGUACUCUGUUAACAGCGGUGUUCUGUUACAAUUACAACGUCUUGCAUGAGGAUAAAGAUAUCUGGUAAACAGCAUCGCAUAUAUACAGAGAAGAGAGAGGGAGGGAGAGGCAGAGAAGAGAGUGCUGCUGUUGGAACGGUUUUCGAAUGGAGUAUCACCGCUAGCAGCUGGGUUUUGCUCUCUGAACUACCGAGCUGCCACGUUCUGGCUUUGCGUUUAACGCACACGCCAGUGUCUUUACAGACUGUGUCUGACAGGCUUAUAGCUCUUCAGAUUUACCGCCGCGCACGGCAUAGGGGUGUGUGAGGCGCGAUGGGCGAGCAGCAGGCAGAGAGCCUUGAAGAGAGAGGGCAAUGACUACACCAUCACCCAGCGAGGAUGGAUGCAACGCGGGGAGUCUCUGCUCUGCUUAUCGCAUGCUGCUGCUGCUGGUUGAUGUCCGUGCACGCUGAGAUGCUUGGUGAUGGAGGGAGCUACCUGAACACAGUGCACAGUACAGACCCUCUCUCCUGCACCGAUGGGUUCACAGAGCUGGGCUAUUAUAACGGCUCAGUCUCUGAGACUGACUCUGGCGCCCCCUGUCUGUCCUGGACGGAAUUCCCUGACUACCUGCUGCAAUACCCUUUGCGAGGGCUGGGGGCGCACAACUACUGCCGCAACCCAGACAAAGAGGCUAACCCCUGGUGCUUCUACCGGCUGAGCUCUGGUGCUAUUGGCUGGGCUUACUGCGACUGCAACCAGGGUGCUGUGCGCUUGACUGGCAGCUCCUCCUCAUCUCAGAGCGGCCUGGUUGAAGUGUAUCUGAACGGCCACUGGGGGGCAGUGUGUGACUCUCACUGGACUGAGCGAGACGCCAGUGUGAUCUGCAGACAGCUGGGGCUGGGUGAGAUCGGCACGCCUUUCAGACACGCCCACUUUGCACCCAGCUCUGGAAUCUUCCACUUCCAGCGACUGGGCUGCCAUGGAGACGAGGACUUCCUGCUGAAGUGCAAGAACAGGAAGUUCAUGACCAACGACUGUAAUCAUGGAAACGAAGCAGGGGUGGUGUGUGUGCCUCCUGAAGGCCAUGGCACCCCCUUGAGGCUGGUGGGCGGGACUGAGGAUUUCGAGGGGCGUGUCGAGGUGUAUCACAGUGGGAGGUGGGGCACGAUCUGCGACGACCAGUGGGACGACACGGACGCUGAGGUGGUCUGUAGGCAGCUGGGCUUUAGUGGCACUCCGAAGGCCUGGUCCUGGGCUCAGUUUGGCUCUGGCUCGGGGCCGAUCCUCCUGGAUGAGGUGCGCUGCUCUGGGAACGAGUUGUCCCUGGAGGAGUGUGUGCACAGCGGCUGGGGGGAGCAUAACUGUGACCACAUCGAGGACGCGGCCGUGUCCUGCAACCCCUACUCCGACGGAGUAGUGAGGCUGGUGGAUGGAGACAGACCCUCUGAAGGGCGGGUGGAGAUAUAUUACGAUGGCGCCUGGGGCUCGGUGUGUGACGACAGCUGGACGGAAAUCAACGCACAGGUGGUGUGUCGUCAGCUCAGGUUCAGGGGGCGCGCGCAUGUCUCUGCUCAGGGUCGGUACGGCGCUGGCUCGGGGUUGAUCCUGCUGGACGAGGUGCAGUGCAAGGGGGGAGAGCGCUCCCUGCUGGGCUGUGCACACGCUGCCUGGGGGAGACACGACUGCACGCACAGCGAGGACGUGGGCGUGCAGUGUGAGGGGGAGGACGAGGCCAACGAGAUACCCCAACCUUCAUUUGAGACAGGCGCUCCGGUGAGGCUGGUGGACGGGGAGAGCCCGCGGGAGGGCAGGGUGGAGGUGCUGCUUGGUGGGGAAUGGGGCAGCGUGUGUGAUGACGGCUGGACUGACGACCAUGCUGCUGUGGUGUGCAAACAACUCGGCUACACGGGUGAGGCGAAGGCACGCUCCAUGGCCUAUUUCGGGGAGGGGGAGGGUCCGAUCCACCUGGAUGACGUGCGCUGCUCAGGGCAGGAAAGCAGCCUAUCCGAGUGCGAGGCUCGCAGGGGCGGACAGCACAACUGCAGGCACAGCGAGGAUGCGGGUGUGAUCUGCCAGUAUAGGAAGAAACCAGUGGAGGGCGCCACGGACACAGCACAGGCCUGCGGGCUGAAACCCAGUGCACUGGGUCGGAGCAAAAGGAUCAUCGGAGGGGUCAAAUCACUCAGGGGUGGCUGGCCCUGGCAGGCCUCUCUCCGCUUGAAGCCUCACUGGAGUGCCGCACGGCCGCUGUGUGGAGCCACGCUGAUCAGCACCUGCUGGGCCCUGACUGCAGCACACUGCUUCAAGAGGUUUGGCUCGGACCCCUCUCGCUAUGUCCUGCGGCUGGGUGAUUAUCACACCGCAGAGAAGGAUGAGUUUGAGAAGGAGCUGCCAGUGUACAGUGUACUGCUUCAUGGGAAGUACCGACCGGAGAGCAGUGACUAUGACAUCGCGCUGAUCCGGGUUCGAGGGGCAGAGAGCCGCUGCAUCUCCUUCAACCCUCACAUCGUCCCCGCCUGCCUGCCCCCACCCCACUGGGGCAAGAAGUGGAGCAAGGGCGGGGGCAACAAGCGAACAGCGACCUGUGUCAUCACAGGAUGGGGCGACACAGGCUCCUCGUACUCUCGCACCCUGCUCCAGGGCUGGGUCCCUGUCCUGCCCGGUCGGGUGUGUCGCUCUCGCUACGGUCCUCGUUUCUCUCCCAGGAUGCUUUGCGCUGGCAGCCUCUCUCACAGUAAGCGGGUGGACAGUUGCCAGGGCGACAGUGGGGGUCCCCUGGUGUGCCCUGGGGUCGAGGGUCGCUGGGUCCUCACCGGAAUCACUUCCUGGGGUCACGGCUGUGGGCGACCUGAUUCCCCGGGAGUGUACACGCGGGUCGACAAGUUCUUGCGCUGGAUAGAGGACAGCAUGCGCGCCAUGCAGAGGGGAUGAACAGCCACAAGUAACAUGCAACCGAACAUGCUGCUAAACAUGAAGCAAGCACGCAAUCAAACACAGCAAAACACUAGGGAGUCCAGGGAUGGAAAUAAGACUCCCACUGCAUAGCAGUUUCAUCUACUCCUGGCUUUACUAAGCUUUAAUUAGACACACCUGAGCUUGUUACCUACAUACUGAGGCUAGUCAACCUCAUAGUAAAGCCUGGAACGCUAUACAAUAGGAGUCUAAUUUACAUCCCUACAGUCACGCAGACAAACACACAUCAGGGUUGGACGAUUUCAGACUCUUAUUGCAGCUGGUAAAGAAAUCUAAGUGCUGUUGCUUCUCUCAUAUUUCUGCCCCCAGGAUUACUCCAGCUCCUGCCCAGUAACUCCCGCCUCCAACAAAGUGUAAUACGCACGGCUCAGAGCUGUCCAAGCGCUUUGGCUAGCAGACCUAGACCUAUGACCAAGGUGCCAUAAAAAACAAAGCAAACCCCCCCCCCCCCCCCACACACACACACACACACACACUCACACACACACACCUUAAACAUUUAAACACAUUUUGCAUUUUGACUUGUACCAACCAAAAAUAUGGCCAUCUGUCCAACCUACACCUCUAAAUCAGUCCUAUUGGUCUGACAGCCCUAAUACAGACAGCCCACAACACAGCCCUAGACUGGGGCUGCAGGUUCUGAUGUAACUUUGAAAGGUGCUAUAUAAAAUAAAGAUUGAUUGAUUGAAGGAAUAAGAGGCUGGUACUAUUCAGUGAGGAAUGGUCUCAGACCUAGAAUGAUGUAAACACCUUGCAGACUUGCUCCCUGCCAGGGUCCAGCUUCUCUAUAUCCAGCAUGUUGGAGAAGUUCAUGUGUCAACUAUGCUACGUGAAGUACACUUUACACUUUACACACUUUUAGAAUCAAAAGGGAUUUUUAAAUUUUUUUUGCAAGCAUUAAGAAAAAAAGACAUGAUUUUUUUUAUUAUUAUUUUAUUUAAACAAAACAUGGAUUGCUCAUUUGUUUUGUAUUGUACUGCAAUUCAAUAAAUAUUCAUUCAAGCUAA